AAUAUGUAUCUUUACUAGUUGAGGAAAUUAAAUUAGAGUGAACUCUUAUCAUAUAAACAACAAUAACUAACAAGGAUGCACUUCAUGAAGAAACUGAGAAAGCUGGUGGAGCAAACCCAGCCUGAGUGGCGUGACAAGUUCUUGUGUUAUAAGGAAUUGAAGAAGCUCUUGAAGAUUAUUUGUCCCAGAGACCAAUUGCUGUUUUUGGAUCCCAGAUAUGUCAACCACUUCCUUCAACUCUUGCUGGCAGAGAUUGACAAGUUCAACGCUUUCUUUGUUGAAAAGGAGGAAGAGUACAUCAUCAAAUGGAAGGAAUUGCAAGACAGAGUUGAUAGGGCCAUUGAUUUGGAUUCAGAUGCAGAACUAAUGGCAUUAGGGAGGGACAUAGUGGAUCUACAUGGAGAGAUGGUUUUGUUAGAGAACUAUAGCUUGCUCAAUUACACAGGAUUAGUGAAGAUAAUAAAAAAAUAUGAUAAGCGAACAGGAGCACUACACAGAUUGCCUUUCAUUCAACAAGUGUUGAACCAACCAUUCUUUAAGAUUGAUGUGGUGAAUAAGCUGGUAAAGGAGUGCGAGAUAAUACUGAGCAUUCUUUUUCCCUUAUAUGAAGGGCCAUCUUCUUCAACAAAUGAGAACUAUGAUCAUGAAAAUAAUAAUAAUAGGAACAAUGAAACAAGUGGAGAGAUCCCAAAGAUGCAGGAGGUUUCUGAUGAAGUUCCUGAUAAGAUUGAGAACAUGGAGAAUGAGUUCAUCAAAUUAACUUUGAUGGCACUUCAAACCCUCAGAGAGAUUAGGAGCAGUGGAAGCUCUUCUUCAACUCCAAGCAUUUAGAGGAUGAAUAAACUCAAAACAAAUAACUGCACUGCAUCAUAAAAUGGCAGCAAAGUGAUCCAUCAGAGUCCGUUGACUCUCACUAUGUUUGCGAGUUUUUAUUUUGGAAAUAAUAAUAAUAAUAAUCGAAGGAUUUAAAAGAAAAUAGAU